UCCUCGUGGUCUGCCGUCGUCUGUUACCGAAUGUUUGUUUGUGUCUUUUAGCGUAUUUGUUAUCGUUGUAUCAAUAAUUCAGUGGCGACGACGACAAUUCAGCUGCAAGUGUUUCGAUCGUUGCAAAUGUCCUUCUUAGGCAGCCAAGCCUCUAACCUACGGAGCAUAUAGGCUAGCAGACAACGAACCAACAGCCGCGGACCGCCAUUGCAGUAGUAAAUGGCAGAAGAGGCCGUAACAGCAGCAGGUGUAAUUGGUGCUGCCUGGCUUUCCUCUAUAACCAUUACCAGCACGAUUACGACGGCCAUCAUUAUUCUCUGCUCUGCUAGCCAAGAUGGCAGCCAUCGUGUGCGGCGGUAGUAACCGUGGCAAGUAGUUGUUGCUAUCGUGUGUGAGUGGCAAGAAGGAGUAUAAGAAAGGAGUCUCCUUCCUUCAAGAAGAGCCCAACCGUCGCACGGAGUUGCCACGCGAGUCGUGGCCGAAGGGUUACUAGCACAAAAUACGACAAAAUGGUCCAAAUUGAUUAUAAAUAGUGUCAUGACACCACGGCGACGAUGACGACGGCAAGGACCGCUACUAGCAACUGCAUUUAGUGGUUGCUGAAAUUAACGUUCUGUGUACCCUACCAGUCGACCAUCGGUGGUCCUUGUGAGCCAAAAACCAAAUACCACCAACUUAAACAAACAGACACUUUCUCUUAUUUGAUCCGACAUUUUGUACCCAUUUAUUUACUACAAUUAUUUAAGCGAAGCCUCUCCGAUAGCGUGUACACACCCGCAUCGCUGAUUCAACACGCGCUCUGGUUCAUGGCUGGAGAAAUUUGUAGGUGUUCGUCAACGACUAGCACCGAUUACUCAACCAAGUGCAACCAUUUUGCUAGAUUUACUGCUUUGCUACUACAGUUUGAAUAGAAUAGCUCUAAUAACAACAAUCGCAUCUAAACCCUAUAAUUGCUGCCCUUCCGACGCACGAGUGCUACAUACAUUUAUGUACUAUAACUGGUGUCGCCUUGUUGUAGUUUUGAGGAAAUGAUGCAGUUCUGCUGAAGUAGGUGUCUAGGUUUGAACUUCUGCUUCACUUUUGCGUGGGCACACUAAAAGCAAUUAGGGUUUACGACGAAACCGUUUUAUCAGCUAAGUAAAGAGAAGUUCUCAUGUGUUUGGGUGUCUAUAAAGAAAAAUAAGUGUUCUGUCGGGAGUCGUUUGUAGUAUCGUGUGAUAGUAAAGCUGACGAUAGUGAUAGGCUUUGUUGCCUUUGGGUCUUCUAGGUGUAUGAGCAUGGGAAACUCGCCAAAGCGUGCUGUGGUUAGAGUACGAUCUGAUUUAUCUUCGCUAUAAUUACGAGAUCGAAUUGGUGCUUCUAUUUGUAUUACUAGUGCUAUUGCCGCGAAUUAAGUGUGCGGGUACCGUUAACAACGGAAAAUUUGAGGUUUCAGCAUCGGUAGCCACAAGUGGUAAAACGGACCUAAUCUACAAUUUGAUCUGUUGGUAACAACAACAGUCCUAUAUCUCCCAACAUCAUCCCCACCCUCAUACUAUUCAACAUUGAGUGCACACGAGUACUACUACAUCAGCAACAGCAACAUCAUCAAGCAGGAUGAGUUUCUUCACGAAGCUCUCUUCCCUCGUCCGUAACAACUCCAUCAACAAGGACGGUCCAACGAGCGAUGACCUCGCAACCGAAAAAAAGCGAAAUAAAGUUGAUUCAGAAAAGAGAAAAACAGCAGAGGCUGAUAUAACCUCAAAGGAAGUUGUCAGUAAAGCAGACAAUGAAAAUAAGUCAGAUGGUACAGGUUCUGGCAGCUAUGAAAAUGAAGACAAUGAGGUCGGGGUAGCGGCUACUUCACCCAUAGAAACUUAUGAUAAGAAAGGCCAAAACGUUAGCUCAAUAACAACAACAACAACAGAACUGACGUCUUCUAAAGUUUCGGCUAAAGACGACAAAGAAGCGAAUACGCUUCAAGCAGCGGUCACAUCCUCUUUACUUGCUAUAGAGAAAAAUAACCAGAAAGACAAAAUACAGGAAGAAAUUGUCGCACCCAUCGUUGUCGAAAGGAAUGAAGUACAGAAAAUUAUACUAAAGUCGUCGCGUUCAAGAAGUGCUACUGAGAGUGACAAGUGGGGUGCAUCUGCAACCCUGGAAAUCAUUUCGACGCAUAGUGAGGUGGAGGAUACUGCGGCCGAUAAAGUCGUUACAUCAUCCUCUAAGACUCCUCUUGUUCAAGUUAGCAACACAGAGACUGACAACAAGAAGAACGUACUGUCGCCAUCUACACCCGUUAUCGAUACUGUAACAGAAAACUCCAAAGAACAAAACGGGCAAAAAGAAGAUAGCGAUGCCGCUUUGUCGAAAUCGCUCCUAGACGGUGUCGCUGAUGCCCAUAAGAAGUACAGUGUAGAAGGGCCGGAGGACAGUUUAGAGCAGAAGCCUACUAUUUCGUGUGAAACACAUAACGACCUCACAACCGUAAACGAUAACGUACUGCUUCAUUUGAAGACAGAGCAAGUUCCAGUGAAAACACUUUCUGCCAGACAAACUGAUGAGAGGGACGAUGCGGCGCCUGUGAAUUACCUAUCGGUAGACUUAAGGUCGGUAGAUUUAACGGCAGAAGAUAAACGGGCCACUGCCGAUAAUUCUGGAGCAUGCAUCGAAAGACAAAAGCAGAAUGCCGAUCCUGCUAGCUACGGAGUACAGAAAAAGUUUACAUCUGAAGAUGUACUCGAACAAGCUCACACCGACGAACUUUGUGGAGUAACUGCUAAACGAGAAGAGUUGUUGCCGACAGAAACUCUAGCGCAUAAAUCAGAACUGCUUACAGGAAAAAGUGCUGAGGAAUUUAUAAGACAGACGAUUAAGUUACAGUCCGCUUGCAAAACUACUUCACCCUCUGGUGAGAUGGACGACAAAUCAAAGACGGAGACCACGGAAAGCGAUACACAGAGUACUUCCUCUACAGCAAUUGAGGAUAGUAAACAGCAAAAAACAGAACAAUCCGCUAGAAGCAAUGCUGAACAAGAAACAGCAGCUGCUCCAGCUACACCUAAUAAUCUAAAGAUCGUGAAAAAACUUGCAGAUGAUGGUGACACUGCGACCCGAUUAGCGGAGGAAAAGAAAGUUGAAUUGAGUUUCAACGAAGCCGUAGCAGAGAAGGAGAAUGUGACUGAUGGCAAACAGACGUCAAAGGAUGAAAAAACUGACCUGAUUUCGGUGGAGCAAAUAAGCUCAGUUCAAGCUAUCAAGGAAGCUAGUCAUUUAAUUGAGUCAGAGAACGUCGGUGCGGCUGUACUAAUUACUGAAAGUACAGAGCCCGCAACUGUUAAGGUUUUCGAGCCCAAAAGUGAAAGUGUAAAAGACAAUACUGAGCCUGAAGGCGGAAAUACAAAAAAGAAAUCUGAGCCUGAAGAAAAAAGUCUCAAAGAGAAAACUUCGGUGGUAACCGAAAAUGAAAACCAGAAACCAGCUGCCCAUACGUUGGGCGGAUCGCCUAAAUUUGCCGAAGCUGUCAAAGACGAAGCAGCGGUUGACGAGGGAAUUGUAGAAAAUGGGGCGGAGGACGAUGGCGAGCACUCGUCAGAUUUUACAGACGAAGAAGUAGAGCCCCCCGAAACUGAAAGCCAGAAAAGUGUGGCGGCUUCGGGCGAUGCCGGUAGUAACAACAGGAAAGCAGAACCUGACGGAAAUCACGAUGAAGCACACGAUGACGAGGAUGUGGGAGAGGAUCUGGACUUCGACGAGGACAAGAGAAAUCCGCAAUACAUCCCGAAGAAGGGUGCCUUCUAUGAGCACGACGAUCGUCGCGGAACUGAUGACGAAAGCGAUGAAGAUACUACCGGUGGUGCAAGAGGUGAGGAUGGGUCGAAGGCAGGCGACGGAACGGAGUCUGGAGCCGGCGGUGCGGGAGGCAUCGGCGGACGUGGCGAUAGCCCCGAACUUUGUGGUCGGGGUGGUCGAGCCCCGAAAGUACUUCAAAGUGAGACCCGUGACCGUUGGGAACAUGACCUAUACGACGCCUCGGAGCAGGGACCUAAGAGUGUAGACGAGCUGAUUGCGCAAUACGGUUACGAUAUCCGCGACGAGUCAGCGGCGCCGCGCGCUGCUAGACGCCGUAAGUACGGCCGUGGUCCGAACAAGUAUAGUCGGGAUUGGCAAGACGAAAAGGCCUACCACAGCCGGGCUACCCACGGCGGCCAGGAGCGCCACGAGCGUCAUACCGGCAGAGAGGGAGGAAGAGGGGAUAACAAUAAGGAAUACCACCCACGGAAGGAUGAUUUCCCUUGUUUGAACACUGCAUCACAGCAGCAGCAGCAGCAGCAACCACAACAACAUGCCUCGAAGGAUAAGGAUCAUGAAAGAGAGAAUCGAGACCACGGGGGGGCAAGCCGAAGUGAGCGUGGAGAUACUAGAGAUAAUCGCCGUGAGAAGGAUGCCCCACGCCGAAGUGACGGCGGCAACAAACACGAAGUACAGAGAAGAGAACUUCCCAAAAAAGACCCGAUAGGGGGCAAUGGGCCCUCUUAUCCAACCACUGCCUAUCCUUUUACGUGGAGCCAACGGGCGAGCAGUUCAGCCAACCCCGCGCAGUCUCUAGGGGGUGCAGAUGCUACCGACAAUACAACGUUGAGCCAUGAAGCGAACACGUCCUCUUCCAUAACCCAAACGGCAAUGACAACGCAUAAUAUCAAUACAACGACAAGCACAGCUGCAGCAGCUGCAGUAGUAGCAGCAACAGCUGCUGCUGCAGCAGCUAGUGCCGCAGCAACGAGCACAGCAGUACCAAAAGUCUCUGCGGCUUUAGUGUCUACAGCCGGCACGCAGCCAUCUGAAUCCCCAAGUGGCCACAAAGAGCCACCAGCAGCAGGUGCAGGAGGACCGUCGCCUUAUCAGCCAGUUGCAGUGCGUAACGAAAGUCUAUUCGAAAACGCGUCGCUGACUGCUGCUGCUGCAGGAGGAAACGAGCGCAGUUUCAACGGGAACCGUGGCGUCUGGGACAGGGCAAAUCGAGAUGCUGACGAACAACAACCACUCGAAUGGCGGAGUGGCCGCGGGGCUGACAGUUACGGAAGCCGUGGUGGACAUCAUGGAGAUCGGAGGGACAGGGGCGAUCGAGGUGGGGAGAGAGACCGCGACUACAAUGGAAGCGGUCGAGAUUAUGGCGGAAACGGGCGAAAUGGGGGGGGUCAGGGGUAUUACGAUAGGGAUUAUCGCAGGGGUGAUCGUAUGGAUCGAACAGAUCGGGACCAUAACAGCGGGUCGCGGGGCGGCGGAGAUGUGGGUCAUCGCGUGAUUGGAGGCGACCGUGACCGGUGGAGAAAUCAGGGCUCGGGACGAUUUGGUGAUCACCGUAGCGGAGGUUACGACCUGAGACACAAAUUGGACAACAACCGAAAUAACGAUCGUUUCGAUUCGCGUGGCGACAACCGUCGGGACAAUCGAGGAGGUCAGCGUGAUAUCUUUGGAGAUAGUCACAAUGGUCAUUCGCGUGGUGGUGGUGAUAGUUAUCGGGAUAAUUACCGCGAUAGCAACAAUUAUAGAGAUUCUCGUGAUAAUUAUUCAAGAGACAACAAUCGUACGGGCGGUGGAGAUGGUCACGGUUACCGGGAUUCUCGCGAUGGCGGUUACCGAGAUCGGGCGGACCGUGACCGUGAACGCGAUCGUGAUGGGGGUAACACGCGGGACCAGAGAGCGGAUAGCAGCUAUCGCGGCAAUAACAAUCGUUCUGAUAACAACGGAAGGGAUUCCGGCUACAACCAGAGUCGGAGUGACAAUAAUCACAGGGAGAAUUGGCGGGAAGGUCGCGAUUCGUACCGCGAAAACUUUCAUCGAGACCAUGCAGGAGGAGAUACGGGCCAUCGCGAAAACUUUCAGAAGGAUGGCAGUAGUCGCGGAGGAUCCGAUGUUCGGGAUAUACGAGGAGGCAAUCGGUCGGAUCCCGGCAGAAAGAUCGGCUCAGGAAGAACACAAGAUCCUCGAGCAAUCCGAAAGGGGCAACAACAACAUCAACAACAGACACAACUACAACAACAGCCGCAUCAAAUGCAUCAGCAACAGCAACAUGAGCCUACUACAAACAAUAACAACAACAAUAAUAUUAAUAAUAUAUCUGGUGGAUCAACAGGGCACCAGGGAAAAACUGGGGAUGCCGCUCUUGACCGAAAAAUCGUCGAUGAAAAGCGGCAACAUCAACAGCACAUUCAACAGCAAAAUGCUACAAAUGUGAGUGAAAACAAACGGUAUACUGCACAAAGAGCCGCUACAAGAGCGGAGUACGGUGCAAAUCAGGUACCGGCCAGCCAAUCGCAACCUCUGCCUCCUCAGCCGCAGCAUCACGCGCCUGCUACCCAUCAGCCUAUGGCAUCAACCCAUCCUCAUUCUAACCAUAAUCCGCCACCACCGCCUCAUGCAGGACAGCAGCAUCCCGCCUACUAUGAGGUGGCGCCACCCCAUGGCCAUCCGCCCCCUGGGGCGUCCUACUUCGUCUCGCAGGCGUUUGAUUCCGGUGCUGUACCAACGGGAGCACCACCGCAAGGAUUUGCGCCUGCACCGUUUAUGGGUCCACCACCGCCAUUUAUCACUUCGCAGACACACGCUGCUCCGUUCAUGAUGGGCGGGCCAGUGGCCCCCGAUGGCUCAGUGCACCAUGGUCCACCCCAUGGGCAUCACCAUCCCAAAGCACAGCUGAUUCCACCAAACGGUGGAAUUACGUAUUUCUCACCACAGCAGCAAAUGUAUAUCUCGCACCAACAGAAGCCUCCCCAGCCGAGGCCGAAGGCAAUCAUACCUAUCGUACCACCUCCAGAUGCGGCCAAUCAUAAGAACUCAAACGCAUCAGCUGUCGCUAGCGGAGGCAAUCCUGCUGGAAAUUCUUCUGGUGGAGGACAAGGCGGCCCCGAACCUGGCGCAGCUGCGCCAGCCCAGGUAGAAGCCUAAACCCAUCGACAGAGAAGCGUAGGCAAAUAUUUGCGGGUUGCAUCAACAAAGAUCGAACUAGCGCACAGCCGAUUCUAUAUAUUUAGCAGAUGAUUACUAUUGUCAAUAUUCUUGCAGCAAAUUUAGGUGAAGCAAAGGUACGGGAGAGAGGAAAGGAGUAGCCAGGAGAGGGUUAUAGUCGGUAUGAUGCUGCGCAUGAAGACAAUUACCCCUCUAAGUACUCAUCCGAACAUCGAGCGCCAGUCAAGUUCGUGGUAUUGGUUUGUACUGGUGAAUGUUUCGUGAGUAAUGAAGUAUGAGCAAGCACAAAAUCACGUCAAAUAGUCAUGAAGUUAAUUCCUUUUGGCAUGAUCGACUUAAGAUCGUGUCUGGCACGCUAGACCAAAAUAAGGAUUUUACUUUUUAUUAAUCGGCAAUUACACCGAAAUCUUAGAAGGGAGAUCACGAGUAAUGGCUACGGAACGCGAGUAGCGUAGAAAAAGUACAAGUCAGUGUGGCCGCGCCUGAUAACAGUCUAUCUAUAUAAAUACAUUAUUACUGCUAUAAUGGGUAAAAUUAGCUAGUAGUUAGUUCCAAAUGUCAUUAUGCUGGGCUCGGAUAUAAAUUUAGGUAUACAUUAAGAAGGCGAGCGAGAAUGAAAGAGAAAAGAGAACGCAAGACAAACGAACUGAGUGAAAAGUAAUGAAAUAAGCUUACACAGGUUUACGCACGCAUGCAUUUUCAUAUCUACAAAAUACGAAAAACACUGUAGUUGGACACAUUUUAGAAAAACUGACAUCGAAAUAGUCUCUGUAUGUUGUAACUUUGAUUAGAAAAAUGUACCCUCGGGCAUGACCAAUAACACCAAGCUCAUAAUCUUAUUUGAUGAUAGAGUACAAUUUUUCGACGCUUUUUUCACACGCCUAUCACUAUGAUUACCUAUAAUUUUAUUCGAUACAGACAGCCAAAACCUGGGAUUCGGGCUAUUGUCUACUAGUUGGUUCAUAACGUCGAUCUAGUCUAGGCAAUGGUCUUCUGUCCGUUUGUGGAGGGAGACAAGUGGGAUCUCGUAGUUCGAUAGGCAGAAAAGUUCGCUCGAUCUGUCACAUCCCACACUUUAUCUACGAUCACUGAUAUAUAUUUGUGUGUGAAUACAAUUAUUGGAUUAUAUAAUAUUAUUAGAAUAUUAUAUAUUAUUAGAAUACCUAGGCUGAAUACGAAGCAAUACAAGCAGUAGUCGUAAUUUAGUAGUGUUGAUGAACUGUACAUUUAAAGAGCAAACUCACCGCUAAGAAAAAUGACAACGGCCUCGUAAAAAAAUCAGUUAAAAUUAACUUUGACUGAAGACUCUGACAUCGUCUGUACCGUGUGCAUGCUUAUUUAUUAUAUGUAGAGGCAUAAAAAAUGGAGUUACCUAAAGAACAUACACACGUUUCUGAAAUCCUGCAUCGAUGCUCUGUAUAUUAUAUCACAUUUGCCAUAAGCAUUGGUUAUACUAUAAUUAGCUACUGUCGUAGUCUUGCAACCAUAAAUGAUAUAGAUAUGGGAUGUUCUACAGCCAAUCGCAAUAAUAACAAGAAACAGUAGACCAUAAAAUCGUCGUAGCUUUUCUCUCAUUUCUUGAUGUCAUCAAUGUCGGGUUCAAUUAGCAACAUUUCGAUUUUACUACUCACUCGCAGGCCCAGUCUACUUUUGUUAAAACUACUUUUACAGCGAGUAUUGUCAUGAUUAUAUUAUUUUUAUGAUUAUUAAGUAGGAAUAUUACUUAACCAGCUUAACUAGCGUGUUGCUUCAUUAGAAGCGUUCACAUAUACCGCCAAAAUGUAGCCAAUGAAGAAAAGGAACACAGCCUCAACAGAGUAAAUUUUGUAUGGCGCGGCACUUCUCUUUUUUACUUUGUAUCGAUCAGAGCAGCCCUCCUAUGUAAAAAAUACGACAAGAAGAAUUCGAUGUGCUAUAUGGGUGCAGAAUUCACCCUCGCUCCUAGUACAGCAAAUUUUCCGAAUUCUGGAGAGACAGAAGAAUCAGCCGCUCAAUUGUCACAGAAUAUACGAUACAUACAGCUUUAUAAAUAAAAUAUUGUAUUUUCCUCUAGCAUUGACGACAAGAGCGACAUUUUUGGGAUCGCUUUGCCCGCCCAACUCAUAUGGAUAUACCGUUAUUUUUGUUUACCCUCGCAGCCCUUUUCUCCAAAUGCGGGUUGAAAUAGGAGUUGCUGCAUAUAUAUAUAUAUAUAUGUGGUACACGUGACUAGCACAUAGGCACACGUUGUAAUAUUGCGAGAUAUGUGUUGCGUCUUAUCUUGGACGAUGUUUUUUGCUUUACUAUUACGACACGCUAUGAUUGAGCUAUGAAGUCUUCUGGCCUUUUCCUAAAUGCAGCGAAACGAGGGAGGGUGUAAAUAGUGUUAGAAGUGAUGGUAAACGUAAAAACAAAAAAAUAACGUUAAAGGCCAAAAAUAAUGCAUAUAAACGGUAUAAGUCAGAUGUAGUUGUAGUUGUAAUUACAAGCAUAAAUAACAACAAACAGAAAAAUGACUGAUAACAGAAAAAUGACUGAUUUCUGCAAGUAUACGACGUGACUGAUUUCUUCGAAUACACAAUGUAACUUAUGAUAAUGUAAUAAUGCCCUGCUACACUUGGAAGUGAAUUCAAUUUAUGCAAGCUACAUUAAAAUAAUAAAAGUUAGCGUGGCUGUAUUGUCUAA